GUCGGUUUUAUGAACGUCGGUGAUGUUUACCAUGUUAUUGAAAACAUAUUCGUCUAAAGGGACAAGGAGGUAGGCUAAAGCAGGUGCGUGCGCAGUGUUUUCAGUAGGCCUAUUGACACAAAACAAAUUGUCAUAUGCAGGUUGGGUGUAUACCCUAUGACGUCAUUACUCAUUCCACUGCUGGUUGUGGGGGCAAGUCAGUGCAGAUCACUAGUGGAGGUGAGGCAAGACCAACGUUUCCACAAAUCUGUCGAUCCACAUUCGACUGUGUAGGUUUGCAUCAAGUCUGCGUUCUUACAAUCUCUCGGUUGUAUGGUCACUGUUUUAUCAGAGCUGUUACGGGUCACCGUGAACAAGUGAACCCGGAUAUGGAUGUGGAUGAACGAUUAAUUGAAGAUUUGGACAAGAUAGCUGUGUCUGCAGCGACUGGGAAAAGACGAAAAAGAGGUAUCAGUGGUCCAGAAACCCAUGUUGUCGAUUCCGGAGCACAGAGUCAUUGGAGGAGUUUAAAUUCAAGGAAGAAGCGUCGUGUCAGAAGAUAAAAGACCACGAACAGUACACUUGUGGUUUUCUGUGUCAGGUUUUAAUUGCCUGCUUGUAACAGCGAAAGACUUAACUACUUGUAGAAACAUCAUUUACUAAAAGGAAACAUACAGUUGUCGAUAUAGAGCUAUUGAUAAUCUUCUCAAUGUUUGAAUUAAAGUCAGGCUCGCAAGAUUGUUCAAUUAUGAUCCAACAAAAUUUUGCCUUAAAAUAAACAAUUACUUUGUGAUGAAAUGCCCUCUAAUCCCGGCCCAAAGGCAAUGGCAGAUCUAAUGGGGAACCCCAACAGUCUGCUCACACACACACUAAAUUUUGCAAUAGUUACAGUUUAAUUUUAUUUUGGUCACUGAUAGGAAUGAUAUCUGGAAGGGGACACAACCACUAGUAGAGGUUACAGCCUCUUUAGUGGGGGUGGAAGGAGCACAAGCAAUAUUGUAACCUUUAUUUAUAGCGUUAGACUAAAAAACCCUGUACAUUUUAGUCCUUGAGUGGGGAUCAAGUUCCCCACCAACCCCAGUUCCUACGGACCCGUAAUCAACCAGACCUCGUUCCACGUGUUAGCGUUAAGAUCACCUUAGGUUCAUAAGGUAGUUAUGUACUUAAGGUGAUCUUAAUGCCAAGAUUGCUUUGUGGGGGGGGGGGGGGGGGGGGAGGUACAUAGUCGUUAUAUCUUACAUUGUUUGUUGGUAUAUAUACGUUGGUUUUGGUUAUGUAGUCAUCAAAUUAGAAAGAAAGAAAAAACAACUUAAAUAUUCAACUACAAAUGCUAUCUGUUUAAAAUGGGAAACGGCUUAUGACAGUCAGUGCCAGCUGAAAAGGAACGUACACACCGUGUAUAUUUCAAGUCACAUGAUUUGUGCCAGUCUGCCGGAGGCUUGUUCAGAAGAGCGACCGAUCGCGGACACUCACUAGACUUUUUUUUUAAGCCUAACGUUAGAUGCAUGUUAUACGAUAGAAAAUGAUUGUGCCACUCAAAUUGUUCGCUAGCGUUCGGCCUCCUGAACUAGCCACUAAUUUGUGGGAAUCGGUUGGAAUACCAUCAUGGACAUCGAUCAUUGGUUAUAAUCGGGUAGCACCAACCGAUCUACUCUAUAUUAUACAAUCUGUUAGAAUUAUAUAAACAAAAGAAGGAUAUUAAGGACCAGGGCCCCAUUUCGCGAAGCUAUCUUAGGACUACUAUCGCCGUAAAUACCUACCAUUUAUAAUGUCUGAUAUAUCCAUUCCAUAAUACACAAUUAUUUACAUUA